AGGUGCGGCUGUCAAGACUAGCGUGCAUCCGGUAAGCGCCAAACCCUCCUCGUCAAAAAUGCAGAUGACCAUUGGGGAGCAGGCGCCAGCGAACCAGACGAGCACGGGUAGACGCGUUCUGAGACAUCCCUCACGCGCCGUAAAGGACGCCGAAGCCGUGGGAGUCGCUCUCUGGCUCACGAGGGCCAUUCCCAUCACGUCCGACGUCCAACAAUCCACGUCUCGAAAGAUCGAACAACAUUCAUCAUGUCCAAACUCACCUUAGGUUUGAUAGCUGCUGGUGGUGCAGCUGCAGGAGCUGCAGCGACUGCAGCGCUUUACUCUGCAAAGAAGGAUGGCCCUCCGUCUGCACCAUCCAUCACCACGACUACGACGACAACCAUAGCUGGGCCCGGACGGCCAGCGCCUGUACCCUCGGUCCCUGCCACGCCGUCGCCCGCUGUGGCUGUGGCUGCCCGGAGACCAGUCGUAGACCCCAACGGUCUCUUCCAAUAUGGGUUCCCCGGCCCAGUCAACGAUCUCCGCCCUGCUGCCUCUCUCACGUCAAGUUACGACCGACGAACACGGAACCCCGCAUGGGUCGCCGAGCACAUUACCCCCGAGUCGCUAGCCAACAGCAACGCGGACAGGAAACACAGUGUGUUUGUAGAAGACGUGACGAUCCCCGAGAUGUUCCGCGCAAAGCUGAAGGAUUACUUCCGCUCUGGCUACGAUAGGGGGCAUCAAGUCCCUGCUGCAGAUGCCAAGUGGAGUCAGGAAGCCAUGGACGAUACUUUUGCGUUGAGCAACAUGUGUCCGCAAGUGGGCGAUGGCUUCAACCGCGACUACUGGGCGCAUUUCGAGGACUUUUGCCGGAGGCUGACACACUCGUAUCCCUCGGUCCGCAUCGUAACCGGCCCUCUGUAUCUCCCCAAGCGCGAGGCCGACGGCAAAUGGCGAGUGUCAUAUGAAGUCAUCGGCUCACCACCCAACGUGGCUGUGCCUACACAUUUCUACAAGGUCAUCUUCGCCGAAGACGGGAAGCUGGGGGGCAAGGUGGCGCUGGGUGCUUUUGUGCUGCCGAAUGCCGUCAUUCCCAGCCACAAACCGUUGACGGAUUUUGAAGUGCCGGUCGAGGUGGUGGAGAGGGCAAGUGGACUGGAAUUUGCGACUAAGCUCACGCCAGAGAGGAAGAGGAGGUUGUGCCAGGAGGUCAACUGCAGUGUCAUUGUAAAGGAGUAUGCGCAGAGGCAGAAGACGUUUGCUAAGAAAUAGGCUUCCAAGCCAUGACGAGAUGUUAUUCAUGGUACACUGUAUAGUACAUU